AUGCCAUCAGCAAGACAAGUGGUUGCUCUCACCGUUCCAGAUUGCACCUGGCUCCCACCAGAUAAGACGUCUGGGACAACAGUAUCAGUCAAUCCUCUAUAUCCAAUAGCAGUAAACGAAUGGCAGAACUUUUUCUAUGAUGCCGCGAACUUUUCUGAUUAUCCGGCAGGGAAUCAAUUUCCAUUUUACCCGGCGGAAACACGUAACCUUAGCGUUAAAAGGGAUGUAGAAGAUUGCUGGAGGUCUAACGUUCUCAUGCCUAUCGAAAAAUUAUUACCUCAAGGA